CUCUACACGGAGCAUUUUAAAUGUUAAGCACGUACUCACUCCGUCCUUGGGUGUUUGUCCACUUUCAUUUUUGCACACCAUCCAAUGCACUUCUUUAAUCCAUUUUAUCUUGUAAUUUUUAUAUUAAAAAAUUAUAAAAAUUAUAUAUUAAUAAUCUAUAUGUUAAGACGAAUCAAACAAGAUCACACAUGACUAUUUUUAGGCUUACACAUUGAGAGAAUUUGAUGAGUCAAAGUGCUUAGAUGAACAGUUCCAAAGUCCCAGAUUCGCAGGCCCAAAAAGUCACCCAUAUUGCUGUUUAGAAUCUCAAAUUGCUCUUUCUAUUGCAAUUACAUUUAACUCAACUAAAAAGUCUUAAAACCAAUUUUAAUUCGUAGUAGUGGUUCUCCAAAAGGCUCUGGAAGUGGGACUGAGAAAGUUGCUCCAACAAUUUGAUAUCUGGUGCUGGAAUGAACACUGAGAGAGUAAAGAAAAAAUUGGGGAAGUAUGAUCUUGGCAGAACCAUUGGAGAAGGGGCUUUUGCCAAAGUUAAGUUUGCAGAAAACACAGAGACGGGUGAAAAUGUUGCAAUCAAAAUUUUGGCCAAGAACACUGUUCUUGAGCACAAAAUGGUUGAGCAGAUCAAACGAGAGAUAUCUAUAAUGAAGAUUGUCAGGCAUCCUAGCAUUCUUCAGCUCCAUGAGGUUUUAUCAAGCCAGACAAAAAUAUAUUUUGUUUCUGAAUUCGCAUCGGGAGGAACACUCUAUGACAAAAUUGUUCAUAACAACAGGCUUAAUGAAGAUGAGGCAAGACGCUACUUCCAACAACUUAUAGAUGCAAUUGCACAUUGCCAUAGUAAGGGUGUAUGCCACCGGGACCUUAAGCCAGAGAAUCUGCUACUUGAUUCCAUUGGGAACUUGAAAGUGUCUGAUUUUGGAUUGGAUGCAUUAUCUCAUCAUGGAGUUAAACUUCUUCAUACAACUUGCGGAACUCCAAACUUUGUUGCUCCUGAGGUGCUAGGUGACCACAGCUAUGAUGGAGCUGCUGCUGAUGUAUGGUCAUGUGGAGUCAUUCUUUACUUUUUAAUGGCUGGAUAUCUACCCUUUGAAGGGGUAGACCUCCUAACGUUGCAUCAAAAGAUAAAUGCAGCAGAAUAUGUCUGUCCAUUUUGGUUUACUCCUGGUGCAAUAUCACUGAUACAGAAAAUACUUGACCCCAACCCUGAAAAUCGCAUUAAAAUCGAAGGGAUCAGAAAAGAUCCGUGGUUCCAGAAGAAUUAUAUGCCUAUCCAAGGUAGAAAAGGAGAGAAUUUGGGUAGUGUCUAUGCUGGUUUUUACAACAUCAAGGAUGAUGUUGUAACGGAGCAGUCUGAUAAAACUAGCAAUGGCCCUUAUAUGAUGAAUGCAUUUGAAAUGAUUACUUUAUCUCAAGGGUUGAACCUGUCACCCUUGUUUGAUAGGCGCAAGGAUUUUGUCAAACGGCAAACCCGUUUUGUAUCACGUGAGCCUGCCAAAGAUAUCAUCUCUACCAUUGAAGCAGGUGCAGAAUCAAUGGGAUUAAAGGUCUAUACACGUAAUUACAAGACUCGGAUCGAAGGCGUGUCUUCCAACAAUGGGGCAAACUUUGCUGUUGCGUUGGAGGUCUUCCAAGUUGCCCCAUCCCUUUGCUUGGUGGAUGUCCGAAAGGCAGCUGGGGACACACUUGAAUAUCACAAGUUCUACAAGAGCUUCUGCGAAAGAAUUGACCGUGUUAUUUGGAAAUCAAAGGAGGGGAUGACAAGUGCUGCUGCACUGUGAACAUGGCACUCUCUGUCUGAGGCGCGAAGUGAAUCAAUUCAUGUUGCAAUACGACCGAAUCCUACCCGUCCCUCCUUGCACAUAAAAUGACAACUUUAUGUUCCCCAUGUAGCAAUAAAACUGAAAUCAGACAGUGUUUUUUAAUCAUAUAUAUAUGUAUGUACAUAAUGAUUUCCAAAUUUAAUGAGUCCAAACUUAAUAAUAUUUAUAUGAAGGG